GCCACUGAGAAGCUACGAAGGCCCUGACUUGCUCCGGGUCCCAAGCACCGCAUUGGGUGCUGUAGGAGAGGCAAAGACUUGGUGGUCCUGUAACCAGAAUGCAGGUUUCCGUUCCUUGGAGGCACCUGAGAGAUCGAGUGAAGCGGGAAGGAACGCGAUCGUGACCUAAAAACUUUCAAAGUGCUUGUGGGGGAGCGCACGGGUUUUUUCCAACUCUUCAAAUUGGAGGAGGGGAUCCCCAUGCGCCAGGUGUGGCCGCGUCCCCAGUUCGGUCGACCUUGGAAGAGUGGUGCUCAGCAUGGCGGGGAUUCCAGGGCUCUUCCUCCUCCUCCUGCUUCUCCUCUGUGCUGUCGGACAGGCAAGCCCCUCCGUUGCCCACUGGAAACCCACUUGGCCUGCUUACCGCCUCCCUGUUGUCUUGCCCCAGUCCACUCUCCACUUAACCAAGCCAGACUUUGGGGCUGACGCCAAACUGGAAGUGUCCUCCUCAUGUGGCCCCCAGUGCCAUAAAGGAACGCCACUGCCCACUUAUGAAGAGGUCAAGCAGUACCUGUCUUAUGAAACGCUCUAUGCCAACGGCAGCCGCACAGAGACGCAGGUGGGCAUUUAUGUCCUCAGCGGUGGCGGGGCAGGGUCUUCAGGGAAGUCUCGGAGGAAGCGGCAGAUUUAUGGCUACGACAGCAGGUUCAGCAUUUUUGGGAAGGACUUCCUGCUCAAUUACCCCUUCUCAACAUCGGUGAAGUUAUCUACAGGCUGCACCGGCACCCUGGUGGCAGAGAAGCACGUCCUCACAGCUGCCCACUGCAUACACGACGGGAAAACCUAUGUGAAAGGAACCCAGAAACUUCGAGUGGGCUUCCUGAAGCCCAAGUUUAAAGAUGGUGGUCAAGGGACCAACACCUCUAGCUCAGCCGUGCCCGACAAGAUGAAAUUUCAGUGGAUCCGAGUGAAACGCACACACGUACCCAAGGGUUGGAUCAAGGGCAACGCCAAUGACAUUGGCAUGGAUUAUGACUAUGCCCUCCUGGAACUCAAAAAACCCCACAAAAGAAAGUUCAUGAAGAUUGGGGUGAGCCCUCCUGCCAAGCAGCUGCCAGGGGGCAGAAUUCACUUCUCUGGUUAUGACAAUGAUCGACCAGGCAAUUUGGUGUACCGCUUCUGCGACGUCAAAGACGAGACCUAUGACCUGCUCUACCAGCAGUGUGAUGCCCAGCCUGGGGCCAGCGGGUCAGGGGUUUACGUGAGGAUGUGGAAGAGACAGCAGCAGAAGUGGGAGCGAAAAAUCAUCGGCAUCUUUUCAGGGCACCAGUGGGUGGACAUGAAUGGUUCUCCACAGGAUUUCAACGUGGCUGUCAGAAUCACCCCUCUCAAAUAUGCCCAGAUUUGCUAUUGGAUUAAAGGAAACUACAUGGAUUGUAGGGAGGGGUGAUAUGGUGUACCUUCCUGAUGGCGCUUAAUGGUCUUCACGUACCUGUUUUUGGAGAGGCCGAAUUUUGUCAUUGGUAUGUGUGCGUGUGCGUGUAUGUGUGAUGUGUGUAUAAUGUGUCAUAAUAUCUUUUACCUAAUGUUUUUAAAUUGCAAGAUGACUGGCUUUAUUAUUUGAAAAUUGGUUUGUGUGUCAUAUAUCAUUUAAGCAAUUUGAAGGCAUACUUUUGCAUAGAAAUAAAAAGCAUACUGAUGUUUGGGGCAAUAGGGACUCUUUAGCAGUUAAGUUAAUCUUUUACUUUUUGAGAACUUUGAUUUUUAUUUCAUUCGAACUUGUUUCAAAGGUUUAUAUUAAAUAUGAGACAUACAGGAGAUAUAAAUCCUUAUGUGUGUGUAUGUGUAUAUUUUCUCCUGAGAUUCAUCUUGUUUUCAGUUUGGGUUUUUGUCUUUUUUUUUUUAGGCCUAAACACCGAUGUUUCCAGAUGGCAGUGUUCCCCACUGCAUUCAACUCUUAGAAACUUUCACAGUACUUCUUAAGCAGUUUUAUUUCGAAUUUGGGGUUAUUUGUACAGUAGUCCUUGAUCAGUAAAAAAAUCGUGUUGACUAUUGGUAUACAUACUAAACUAUAUCUUACAGUCAUUCAGUAUCCCAAGCUGCUUUCAGUUUUGAAAUAGUUUCUCUUCCAAAGACUGUUGCUCUACUUUUGGGGAAGACUUUACAUAUGGAUCUGCCAGCCUUGCGGUCACACCAGAGCGGGCAAGAUUGUUUAUGCCAAUCCUUCCGUUUAACAAGAUUUCACUUAGGUUUUUUGAGCUCUCUGUUUUUCAGAAGAUGAUAAUCAGAGACUAAUUAGAACAGAUUGUAUCACUUCCCCUGCUAACAGUUGUGGUCACACUAAAAACAAUCAUUGCAUUUUACCCCCAGAGUGUAGCACAUCUCAUGUUUUAUCAUUUGGAUGAAGUAAUUUAAAAUGAAUUAAAUUCCAGAGAACAAUGGAUGCAUUGCCCAGCAGAUGUCACAACAGAAUAACCACUUGUUUGGAGCCUGGCACAGUCAUGCAGCCUAAUCAAAAUUAUUCUGCAUAGUUUUCAGUGUGCUUUUGGGGAGCUCUGUACUUGUGCAAUUUGGAGACUUUUCUCAUGUACUUUACUUAUUUUAUAGUAACAAUCAUUGGAAGGUGCUCUAAGAAAAACCAAUAUGGCUUUUUUUCACUAGCUUUAAAAGUGCCACUUUUAUUGGACUAGUCUAAGCUGCAGGCACAUAUAAUCAAGUAUAGUAGUAAAAAUGAAUAUUGGGAGAAUGCAGAAUGGAUCAGAAUCACCACUCCAAUAAAUGCCUUUAUGAAUGUUUUAUCAAUGUGAUCAUGACAGUAUAUAAAGAAAAGACUUUGACUUAAGUUUUCAUUUAUGCCUCUCAGCACUUCUUUCUAAAUGUACCAGUGGAGGAAAAAAGCAAAUGGAUUAUAAAGCAGAUGCAUGUUGUUCUCAAUAGGCAGGUAAUUUGAGUCUGCAAUGUGGCUGUCUGUGAGGACAUUCAAAUACAGCACCGAUGCUUAACCUUCCUCCAGGUGGCUUUUAACGUAAUUUCUUGAACUUUUCAGAAGGAUAAUUCUGAUAAGGCACUCAAGAAACGUAUAACCAUGGUGCUUUCAUCAGAUCACAUAAGAAAUACUAUGUGUAGCAAAGGAAUAUUCUGAGUUCCAGUAGAGUUUGCUUUGGAAUCUAGCAGAAAUCUAGCCUGAGGAAGAAGAGAGGUCUUCAUCUCUAUGUCUGGUAUUUGGGGGUUUUGUGUGGUUUUGCUUUUGCUCGGUGCAAAAAGUUCACUGAACACCUAGUUUAGAACUGAGUUUUUUUUAACAGAUGCUCCUUUUAUAAAGCAUCUUGAUUUUUUAUUUUGAUUAUUUGCAAAUUUGAAACUUCCUUCAGCAAAGAUAGAUAAUGGUACAAAGUCAAAAAUGUUUAGUUCACAAGUAGAUGUAAUUUACUAAAGAAUUGUACCCACAUGCUCUAUACAGAGUAACUCAUAGAACUAAAAGAAGACUAAAAUAAUUCUACUUGUCCAUCUUUAAAAAAAAAAGAAAAAGCAUGACAUUAAACUAUUAUGGAAGAUGAAAUAAAAAAGGACUCAACAUUAUUAAUAUUAGUGACAUUAUUAAUAUAAUUAGUGCUUUUCAUGUGUUAGUUAUAUAUUGUAAAGAUAUAUUCCCCGUAAGGUGGAUAGAAUGAUGUUUCCCAAAGUGUGUACCUUAAACUCCCAUUCCUCCAGAUUUUCUACCAAAAAUAAAAAGAGCACCAUCAUCAACAGGAGGGAGAGGCCUCUCAGCACUCCCUUUUUUUUUCAAUCAGGGAUUCACAUGCUUGUUUGCACAUUGAAAGCUCUAAGAAGUCCUGUAGGAAAGAGAUGUGUUAAUGUUUUAAAUUCUGCAUGUCAAUAAACAUCUUUGAUCAUGGAA